GGCGGGGUCACGUGACGCCCGGCCCGGAAGCGCUCGUGCUGGCGAACCCCGGGUAUCGGGGCCCAGCACCGCUGACUGGAUCGAGCCCCAGCGUCCGCCGCCAUGGCCUGGACCAAGUACCAGCUGUUCCUGGCCGGGCUCAUGCUCGUUACCGGCUCCAUCAACACGCUCUCGGCAAAAUGGGCAGACAACUUCAUGGCCGAGGGCUGCGGAGGGAGCAAAGAGCACAGCUUCCAGCAUCCCUUCCUCCAGGCAGUGGGCAUGUUCCUGGGGGAAUUCUCCUGCCUGGCUGCCUUCUACCUCCUCCGGUGCAGAGCCGCAGGGCAAUCAGACUCCAGCGUGGACCCCCAGCAGCCCUUCAACCCCCUUCUUUUCCUGCCCCCAGCACUCUGUGACAUGACAGGGACCAGCCUCAUGUAUGUGGCUCUGAACAUGACCAGUGCCUCCAGCUUCCAGAUGCUGCGGGGUGCGGUGAUCAUAUUCACUGGCCUAUUUUCGGUGGCCUUCCUGGGCCGGAGGCUGGUGAUGAGCCAGUGGCUGGGCAUCCUAGCCACCAUCGCAGGGCUGGUGGUUGUGGGCCUGGCUGACCUCCUGAGCAAGCAUGACAAUCAGCACAAGCUCAGCGAAGUGAUCACAGGGGACCUGUUGAUCAUCAUGGCCCAGAUCAUCGUCGCCAUCCAGAUGGUGCUAGAGGAGAAGUUCGUCUACAAACACAACGUGCACCCACUGCGAGCAGUUGGCACUGAGGGCCUCUUUGGCUUCGUGAUCCUCUCCCUGCUGCUGGUGCCCAUGUACUACAUCCCCGCCGGCUCCUUCAGCGGGAACCCUCGUGGGACGCUGGAGGAUGCGCUGGACGCCUUCUGCCAGGUGGGCCGGCAGCCGCUCAUUGCCAUGGCACUGCUGGGCAAUAUCAGCAGCAUCGCCUUCUUCAACUUCGCAGGCAUCAGCGUCACCAAGGAACUGAGCGCCACCACCCGCAUGGUGCUGGACAGCUUGCGCACUGUUGUCAUCUGGGCACUGAGCCUGGCACUGGGCUGGGAGGCCUUCCAUGCACUGCAGAUCCUUGGCUUCCUCAUACUCCUUAUGGGCACCGCCCUCUACAACGGGUUGCACCGCCCACUGCUGGGCCGCCUGUCUAGGGGCCGGCCCCCGGCAGAGGAAAGCGAACAGGAGAGACUGCUGGGUGGCACCCGGACUCCUAUCAAUGAUACCAGCUGAGCUUCCCUAGAGGCUUCUGCUGCCACCUGGGUGUUCCUUCACCCUGAGACUGAGGCCACACAGGCUGGUGGACCCCCAGUGCCCUGUCCCCAAGGCCUUGCCCUAUCCCCUCCCUACAGAACAACACCCAAUCCUCUUUUUCUCACCACCACCUGCAAGGUGGUGUUACCCUGCCCCCACAGGCCUGGGUGCAGUGACAGACCCCAGCCCUGGGCCCCCUUCUACAGCAUUAGAGCUAAAUCAUGAAGUUGAAUUGUAGGAAUUUACAACCCUAGUAUAUCUGAAUCAUAAACUAGACUGCCAUAAUUAUCUAGUUUAUGAGUCAUAAGCUAGAUUUGAUUCUCUAAAGAAGAAAAGUCAGUGAGCAAAUU